UAGUUAAACAUAACAGCAAUAGCUGAAGUAACAGUCUCAUUUAAAAAUAUUAAAGAAAACUUUUAGUGAAAUAAAAAUGGUGGCCAAUAAAUUUUCACUCUGCGCUCUACUUCUCGUCGGCUUAUUUGCUCCAGCAUAUCUAUCACCAGCCGUUCAUUCAGCGUGUUCGCGAUUUGAAACUAAGAACCCAAUUGGUACGACGAGAAUUUCUGAUAUCAAUAUGUUUAUUCCAUUCGUCCAAGAAAUGAAAUUCCAAAAAGAAACAGACGCGUACGUAUACCCGGAUGGCAAAGAUGGAGCUCAACUGACAAAGUAUUUUUACAAACCAUGUGGUAAAGAAGCCGUGAAUUUAAGUGUCGCUGAGGUCGACGAAUUGAUUAAUUUCCUGCUUGUCCGUAAAGAAGCUGGAGUGUCAUUGUUGCACUUUAGUGUCAUCAAUUGCCCGUCAUUAGAUUAUCCCUUACGAUAUGAACUGUCUUCUGGAAUAAUUGUUUGUCAAUUUAACAAAAAUUAAUUUAUUUCAUCGAUUUCAAUUACUAGUUUUGCUGCAUAAUAUUCAUAUAUUUAAUUUGUGGCCUUAUGGUUGUUGUAUAAAAUAUAAAUUAUUAAUAAAAUUUUUCUGAAAUAAUAAA